ACCAGGGAAUGAGUCUCGUCUCCUCAAACUCAGGUUUAAACCAUCGGCAGCAGCGCUUCAGCUCAGUGUGGACUCUCUCCUCGCUCUCGUCUCUCAGCUUCCUCUUCAUUCAGACACUCAAGAGCAAAAAGAGUCAAAAUGGAGGCGAUUAAGAAGAAGAUGCAGAUGCUGAAGCUGGAUAAGGAGAACGCCAUCGACCGGGCAGAACAGGCCGAGUCUGAUAAGAAAACAUCGGAAGACAAAUGCAAACAGCUCGAGGAUGAGUUGCUCGGUCUCGAGAAGAAACUGAAAGGAACUGAAGAUGAACUGGAUAAAUAUUCAGAAGCUCUCAAAGAAGCUCAAGAGAAGCUGGAGCAGUCUGAGAAAAAGGCGUCAGACGCGGAGGGUGACGUCGCCGCUCUGAACCGCAGGAUCCAGCUGGUGGAAGAGGAACUGGACCGAGCUCAGGAGAGACUGGCCACUGCGCUUCAGAAACUGGAGGAGGCAGAGAAGGCGGUGGAUGAGAGCGAGAGAGGCAUAAAGGUGAUUGAAAACCGUGCGAUGAAAGACGAGGAGAAAAUGGAAAUUCAGGAAAUACAGCUCAAAGAAGCCAAAAACAUCGCUGAGGAUGCCGAUCGCAAAUACGAGGAGGUUGCUCGUAAGCUGGUGAUUUUGGAGGGUGAAUUGGAAAGGGCAGAAGAGAGAGCAGAGAUCGCAGAACUUAAAGGUGGAGAUCUGGAGGAAGAACUGAAAAAUGUAACCAAUAAUCUCAAGUCCUUAGAAGCUCAAUCAGAUAAGUAUUCGGAGAAAGAGGACAAGUAUGAAGACGAGAUCAGAGUUCUCACUGAUAAACUGAAAGAGGUCGAGACGCGUGCAGAGUUUGCUGAAAGGUCGGUGGCUAAACUGGAAAAGGCCAUCGAUGACCUUGAGGAGAGUCUGGCUGAGGCCAAACAGCAGAACCUGGAGAUGCAUCAAGUCCUGGAUCAAACGCUGCAAGAGCUCAACAGCUUGUGAAGAAUACACACGUUUCAGUUGUCAACCAUUCCAGCAAUGUUUUAUGUGUUUCUGGUUUUAUGUUGUAAGUUAUGUUACUUCCAUCCAUUAUUUUCUAUAUUUUGCCUUUGUACUUUUCUGAUUAUUUCAUAAUGCACCUACCUUGGUCCAUUUAAAAAUAAUAAAUAAGGUCUUGUUGCUGCCAUUUGUCGGUAAAAACCCAACAAGUGUCAAUAAAUAAACCAAUUAUUAAAUCACGUGUUAGGGAAAUGUAUGCGAAUGUACUAAAAAACAUGAAGAAAGUUGUAAAGGCAUUAUGUUUUAGAACGAUUGGACUGUUUUUUUGGCAAUAAGAAGUCUUUAAUAGUUUGUUGUGGGACCAUUUUGUACCCUUGAUGCCUGCAAGAUUUAUUUUCAAUGUGGUUUGAUGUUUUUUUUAUACCCAUGUUAAACUAAAUAAAUGUUUAUUAUUACUUAUUUGCACAU